AUGAAGGCCAUUGUUCUGGAAGGAGAGCCUGGAAAGGCAUCUUUCGUCACCGACAGACCUCUCCCCAAGCACAGACCAGGAUACAUUCUCGUCGACACCAAAGCAGUGGCCUUGAAUCCCACCGACUGGAAACACAUUGAUUGGAUGAACCGUAAAGGUCUACUGGUGGGCUGUGACUAUUCUGGGGUAGUUGCAGAGACAGGAACCGGUUAUUCUAAAGCAUGGAAAGUGGGUGAUCGGAUCUGCGGCUUCGCGCAUGGCUGCAAUGAGUUACAACCCGAGGAUGGGACGUUCGCUGAGCGCAUCGCAGUCAAGGCUGAUGUGCAGAUGCGGGUUCCCAACCACAUGUCGUUUGAAGACGCCGCAACACUAGGCGUUGCUGUUGUUACUUGUGGGCAAGGACUCUUCCAGCAGAUGGGCUUGGACCUACCCUCACAGCUAUCUACGAAAGGGGAAUUCAUCCUUAUCUACGGAGGCAGCUCAGCCACCGGUACCGUUGGUAUCCAAUUUGCGAAGCUCGCUGGGUACACGCCCAUCACCACAUGCUCCCCACGUAAUUUUGACUUAGUCAAAUCAUUGGGAGCAGUGGCCGUAUUUGACUACAACGAUCCCGAAUGUGCGACGAAGAUCAAGGAGUAUACCAAGAACGAUCUCAAGUACAUCUGGGAUACGAUCUCUCUGCCCAAAACAGCCCAGCUUUGUUCAGAGGCGAUCUCCCCGGGGGGAAUUUACGGUUCGAUUUUAGAGGUCAAGUUCCCGCGUACCGAUGUCAAGACCACCUUCAAUUUGGGAUACACUGCAGUAGGAGAACCGGUGAAGAAGAGGUUUUUUGAGAAACUAGAUAAUACCGAAGACUUCGAGUUCAUGAAGAAGUGGAUCGAGGCAGUCGAGCCGAUUUUGGAGCAAGGACGCCUGAGGGUCCAUCCUCCCAAGGUGGACAAUGGGCUUGAGAACCUCUUAGAAGGUCUUGAUCUGCUGAGGCACGACAAAGUGAGCGGUCAAAAGUUGGUGUACGUGGUGUGA